UUCACAGAAGAAAAGCUUGGCCAAGCAGAGAAGACAGAAUUGGAUGCUCACUUAGAGAACCUCCUUAGCAAAGCUGAAUGUACCAAAAUAUGGACAGAAAAAAUAAUGAAACAAACUGAAGUAUUAUUGCAGCCAAAUCCAAAUGCUAGAAUAGAAGAAUUUGUUUAUGAGAAACUGGAUAGAAAAGCUCCAAGUCGUAUAAACAACCCAGAACUUUUGGGACAGUAUAUGAUUGAUGCAGGGACUGAGUUUGGCCCGGGAACAGCUUAUGGUAAUGCCCUUAUUAAAUGUGGAGAAACACAAAAACGAAUUGGAACAGCUGACAGAGAGCUGAUUCAAACAUCAGCCUUAAAUUUUCUUACUCCUUUAAGAAACUUCAUAGAAGGAGAUUACAAAACAAUUGCUAAAGAAAGGAAACUACUACAAAAUAAGAGACUGGAUUUGGACGCAGCAAAAACCAGACUAAAAAAGGCAAAAGCUGCAGAAACUAGAAGUUCACAACUAAACUCAGCCCGACUUGAAGGAGAUAACAUUAUGGUAAAUUUCUCUUACAUGCUCAACUUCCUGCAUGUAAAAUGGCUGAAGAUUUGGGCAGAGGAAGUAACAAAAUCUGAACAGGAAUUAAGAAUAACUCAAAGUGAGUUUGAUCGUCAAGCUGAGAUUACCAGACUUCUGCUAGAGGGAAUCAGCAGUACACAUGCUCAUCAUCUUCGCUGUCUGAAUGACUUUGUAGAAGCCCAGAUGACUUACUAUGCACAGUGUUACCAAUACAUGCUAGAUCUCCAGAAACAACUGGGAAGUUUUCCAUCGAAUUAUCUUUCUAACAACAAUCAGACUUCCGGGACUCCAGUGCCAUCUACUUUAUCAAAUGCAGUUGGUUCUUCUGCUAUGGCUUCAACCAGUGGCCUAGGAAUCACCGCUCCUUCCAGUGUCACUGAGCUUAAGGAGUCAAGUGGAAGCAGGAAGGCCAGAGUUCUGUAUGACUAUGAUGCUGCAAACAGUACUGAGUUGUCCCUUCUGGCAGAUGAGGUGAUCACUGUGUUCAGUGUCGUUGGAAUGGAUUCAGACUGGCUAAUGGGGGAAAGGGGAAAUCAGAAGGGCAAGGUGCCAAUUACCUACUUAGAACUGCUCAAUUAAAUAGGUGGACUCUGAAAAAAUUACUCAUCAUGACAUCGUAUUUAUAUAUAAAUAACUAAAGCAGGUUUAAGUAUUUUCCAUGGUAAUGUCCUAAGAGACUGAAAAACAAAAGCAAAAACCCAGCCAUCAGAAACCAGCCCUUCUGCCAAUAAAGUUGCAUGGUAAAUAUUUGAUUCAGAGUUUGUUAGCGCUUUCAUGCCAGGAAUGUUUUCUUACAGAAUUCUCUUUCUACUGAGAUUUCACUAAUAAGCUGCUUCUACUUUUGAGCCCCAACUUAAAGCAGAAGAACUGUUUUCUACUGAAUUUUUCAUUAACUGCAAGUUUUUUCUUUUAUGUAAAAUAAAUUUAUUGUGAAUUAA